AUGUAAUAAACUAAUGUACAUCCAUAAGUGCUGCUGAGCAUUUCUUCAUAAAUUUUAACAAACAAAGUCAAUUUCCCUGGUAAAACCAUCCAUGCUGGUAUAUUGCUGGGCUUUUUCAAUGCAAAAAUAAAUAAGACGGAUAUUUUGGAUUCAUUUGAGAUUAGCUACUCAGGUAAAGGGGAAUUGAAACCGGGGGAGGUUGAUUUUUUAAAGGAAAGAUAAUAAUUAAGAUUGAAAGGUGAUAAAUGGAAUCUCUUUAAAAAUUUGGACAUAGUAGGUUUAAUCAAUAAUAGCUAUUAUAGGUUGGUAUAUUACAGAUAGCAACCCACAUGAGUAUCUCAAAUUGCAUAAGUAAUUGCAAACCUUGAGUGAAGCUGAAAGUACAGAAAAUUAAACUUCAUUCUUUAAAUAUUUAUUGUGCUUUGAUCCAUAUAGUACUUAGGCAAAUCUGUUUGAAAUGGAGGAGAAUAAAAUGCAGCUAUCGUAAAGUAAGAUUGAACCACAAUCAGAAGAGAUGAUUGGUAUCACAUCCUUGUUUUCAUAACAAUCAUCAUAAUCGAAAAGAAAGUAUGAUUUAAGAGUUAAUUCAUAACUUUAAAUGAUUACUUUUUUAGAAGUAUGUUAUAAUCUAUUUAAUCCAAUAGAAAAUGUUACAAAAAUUAUUAUAACAAUUGGAUCAUCCAUAAAUUGCAAAUGAUCCCUUGGCAUUAUUAAAGAUUAAUGAGGUCUUGAUUUCAUUUCCUUAAAUCAAUCAAUAAAAUAUUGAAUAAGACUAUUUUAAGCUCUUAAUAAUCAGCUAUUAUUGUGCAAUUUUAAAGUUUGAUGUAACAAAAAAUAAACAAUUGGAUUGA